AUGCGCCACUUUACUCUAAGCUCGUUUUUUCUCUCCUACCUCCGCGUAGCGUACUGCUUUGACCAAACUUUUGCCUGGAACUCUAAUGCACUCGUAGAGUCCCGGAAGCUUGACGAAAUUCAUCAGGCCGCACUAGCUGAAGGCGGAACAGUCACAUUAUGGCACGGUGGAGGCAGUCCGGACCAGCAGGAUCCGAUGAAGGAAGCCUUUGAGAAAAGGUUUCCCGGCAUGACGCUCAAUGUGACAGUCAAGAGCUCGAGCUAUCUCGGGCCAGACUUGGAUCGGCAGCUAGCGAUGGGAAACGCCCAGGUCGACAACAUCAUGUUACAAACUGCUCAGGAUUACCCCCGAUGGAAGAACAAUGGCGUUCUACUCUACUACAAGCCCCUAGAUUUUGACAAAGUUUACAACGCCUUCAAGGAUACGAAUGGUGCAUGGGUCUCCUCAGCGGUCAACGGAUGGAGUAUUCUGUACGACAAAAGCAAGUUGGGGGGCGCAACUCCUCCUAAGACAUUUCUAGAUUUUUUGAAGCCAGAAUUCAAGAACAAAAUUGUUCUGACUUAUCCUAACGAAGAUGAUGCUAUUCUUCAUACCUUCGAUCUCAUCAUGGAAGUACACGGGCUAGAGUUCUUUGAUAAACUCCUCGAGCAGGACAUCAGAUGGGUACCCGGAGCUAAUAUACCGCCAACCCUAAUCGCUCAACCGAACAACACCUAUGCUGUGACUUUUACUACGACGAUUGGCUUGCAAUCACAGGACCCGUUCACAGUUGUUUACCCAAGCAGCGGUGCGCCAUUCACAUCGUGGGCACAGCGCUCUGCAAUUCUCAAGGAUGCACCUCACCCCGAAGGCGCCAAGCUCCUUCAAAACUACGUCGUCAGUUCCGAAUAUCAACAAAUAACAGGUUCUUGGAGCGUCCGUAAAGAUGAUGCUGCUCCAACUGGGUAUUCACGCAUCUUCGACACAGUAAACACAGACCCUAUUCACUUUCAGGACUGGAUGGGAGAUCGUCAGCGAGUGGAGAGGCUACGAUUUUGGUUCCAGGACAAGCUUGGGUACCCCAAGGAGUAA